AGUGCUGGUUCCCGCCUCCGUCGUAGAGGUAGCGGUUUCAGUGGUGCUCUGUGCGUGUACGGCGACGACAAGGAGGCCAAGAAGGGAGAUGAUCUUGGUAAGACCGUGCAUUUUUGAGGGAUGAUGUCUGUGGUGUGGUCGCGGUGGUCAGUGAUGACUGUUGGUGUCAAAGAAAGAGGAACAUUCGAAAGACGACAGAUCCAUAUUUAUAGGUCUCCCCCGUCGCUUCCUCUUUUGGAACCGAUAAUAUUUUUGUUCCCACCAGCCUUUCAGGGAUUCGCGCUUGACAGUUCGCGUCAUAUUUUGUCUCAGACUGCGCUCACGACGUACUGCCUUGGCCGAACAAUGUCUUUCCUGUGUCUGAUACUUUCCCUUGGCAUUCUGCCUCUUUUUCGGGGCCCUUGGUGUAAAGAUUGUCGGGCUGACGGGGCCGGUUAUAUAUCAUUACUCCAGGGGUACUUGAUCGAUGCCUUCAUAGUCUUGAGAAAGGUCUCACCAGUGCUCACUUCGUGUACUCUACUGCGCAAAGUUUCUCCCGCAAGUCAUGUGUACAGCAACAUAAAACAUCCUCCGCUUCCCCUAUAACGUCGUCCUGUCGUCCUCCUUUGCGGGAUGAAACGUCGAAAAAGGGACGUCGAUCUGUCACACUUGGCCGAAAUAUGAGCGCUAAUUGAUGUGUAUCAGCACGUUCUUACCAUACCACUGUCUAGAUCAGUUCUGCUUUCCAUC